AUGUACCAGUAUUUUGAUUACAAGUUAAACACAACGACAAGUUUUAAUGCAGACUAUCGUAUCAACCUCCUUAGCUAUUUUGGCUUCGCUGCACAGUUUCCUUGUUUAUGUUUUGCUGCAUGGAAUACAUUUUAUCAAAGUGGUGCGACGAACUCAACUUCACGAUUUCGAUUUUUGGGAUGUAUGGUCGUUGAGAUUAUUGUUCUCGUACUGACGAUCAUUUUGGCCUUAAUUGAUACAUCAAGCAUUCCAGGAACAUUUUUCCUCAUAACAAUUAUAUGCGUAGUAAUCAUUAAUAGUUGUGUUGGAAUUCACCAAACUUUAAUAUUCGGUAUAGCUGCACUGCUACCGAUGAAGUAUUCAAAUGCAGUGAUUGUAGGAUCCAAUGCUUGUGGUGCAAUAAUUUCACUAGUGAAUAUUAUUACUAAAUCAUUAACUUUAAGUACGAUUAAGUCACAAAAAUCAAUAACUAUUUCUGCUGUUAUUUUCUUCUUGUCUGCAAUAAUAAUCCUUGCAGCUUGUACAUUCACAUUCUUUUUGUUACAAAGUUUAAAAUUUGUUCGUUAUUAUUGUAAACUGCGUCAAUGUGACAAUCAUAUAAACAUAUCAGAGAAAUUUCAUAAUACCAUUGAAAUCAGUUCUACUUAUACUACUAAUACAAAUGCUAAUACCAAUAAUAAUAAUAAUAAUAAUAAUAAUCAUGAUAGUAAUAAUUACCGAGAAAAAACAAUUCCUACACAUUUAUUAUCAUCAUUACCAAAAGACUCAAUUGAAAGUCAACAAAUUGUAGAUGAUUAUAAUUCACAAAUUAAUCAAUUAAGUGAAUAUCAUGAAAAUGAUUGUGAUGUGAAUCCAGCUGAACAAUUGUUAAAUUCAAAUUAUACUAAAGAACAAUCAACUCUAUCAACAAUGGCUAGUACAAAUACACAUAUGACCAGUCAAUUGAUAAUUGAUCAAUGCAAUAAUGACAAUAAAGAACACUUAUUGAAUGGAAUAAAGAAAUAUCGUACUGUACAGAUUAGUGAUUGGUAUAUAUUUCGAAAUUGUUUUGGUCUAUGUUGUUUUAAACCACCUGGCGGUAAACAACGUUGUUUAGACUAUUGGUCAAAAUACAGUUUAACUAUGAAAGAAUGCUGGCCUCAAUGUGCAAACAUUUGGUGUGUAUUCUCUUGUACACUAUGCAUAUUUCCUGCUAUCCAAUCACGUGUUAGACCAAUGAAUUCAGAAUAUUUUAUACCACCUCUCUGGUUUGUUGAUGUGACUUGUUUCUUAUUUUUCAAUGUAUUUGCAAUGUUGGGAUGUAUUCUAUGCAAUUGGAUACAAUUUCCAGGACCACGUUAUUUAUGGAUUCCUGUAUUGUUACGUACCAUAUUCUUUAUUCCAUUCUUUUUAUCAUGUAAUUUUGGGAUUGAGAAUCCUCACCUAACUGUUCUAAUUACAAAUGAUCAUAUAUAUGUAUUAGGGAGUAUUCUCUUUGCUUUAAGUAACGGGCAUCUUGCAUCGCUUGGCUUAAUGUAUGCACCAAGAUGUUGUUCACCUGAUCGAGCUCCUUUAGCUGGAAUGUUCGGUGCAUUCUUUCUAAUUCUUGGAGUAUUCACUGGAGUUUACGCUUCUCGAGGUCUCAAUAGUCUUAUAUAUUAA